ACUUGUUAUCAUACUAUAAUCUUCCAAACUUUUUUGAGUCCUGCAAUCAUCAAGAACCCAACAUUUCAUAUUCUUCUCUCCAAAUUUGUUUACCAAUUCAUGAAAAACUGAAAUUGUUUUUGUAAGAGAUGGCAUAUGCUGUUGUGUGUUCACUAGUUCAAACCAUAGAUCAGAUCCUACAUCAAUUUAAACAUCCCUUUCCUGUUAAUGGAAAGCAUCACAUUCGCGGUCUCCGAAAAAAGGCAUGCCACAUUCCAAAAUUUCUUGAAUGGUAUAAGGAGAACGGCAGGGGCUUGGAAACCAGAAUCCGGGAUGCAGCUAAUGAAGCAGAGGAUGUUAUCGAGCAUUGGAUGCACGAGCAUAUCCGAUCAACUGCUGCUGGACUUGCCACCGAUAUCAUAUAUGAUUUUCGCGAGCUGGAUUUGGCGACCUGUGAGAUGUACUCCAUUGCUGAAGAGAUGGAUGACGUGAUCAACCAAUACGAAGAAGCGAGGCUGCUGUCAUCUCCAACGCCCACACCAGCUGUCGAUAGGAAUAAGAUGCUUCUCGAGUCAUCUCCAACACCCACGCCAGCUGCUCUUGGUCUGGAGGAGCAGGUCGACAAAUUAAGAGAUAUGCUCUUCGAACGCCCUUGGAUUGAAUAUAUCAUCGGAAUCACGGGGAUGGGUGGUAUUGGAAAGACAACUCUUGCCAGAGCUGUUUUUGAAGAUGACCAAGUUGUCAACCACUUUCCUGUUCGUGCCUGGAUCACUCUGUCCCCGAAUUAUCAAAUCCAGAAUGUGUAUGCAGAGCUCUUAUUUUCCUUGGAGAAACAAGUCGAAACGGGACUUUUGGAUGAUUGUGUCACCACGGAAGACAAAUUACGCAAAAUCUGCACUUCGAUCAAGUGCCUGAUUGUGGUGGAUGAUCUAUGGAGUGAGAAAGCUUGGCACGAGAUACGCACCGUAUGCAACAAGAAAGAUAUGCGUAAAAGGAGUUGGAUUAUGUUUACCUCAAGGGAUGACCGUGUGGUUGAUAAUUCCUAUUUUUCCACUUAUGUUCAAAAGAUGGGUCUCAUGGAUGAGCAUUUAAGUUGGUGUCUGCUGAAGCAAAAGGUGUUUGGAAGCGAAGAAUGUCCAUCUGAGUUGGAGAAGAUCGGAAAGGAUAUUGCAAAAGCCUGUAAGGGGAUUCCCCUUGCAAUCGUUAUAGCUGCUCGUAUAGUGUCUCAAACAAAUCAGACUCAGUCCUCUUGGAAGGAAGUUGCACAAAACAUACGUCGACUUAUCGUGGAAGAUGCGCAUUUUCAACAUACAAUGUAUUUGAGUUAUAACUACUUGCCUCAUUCUUCAAGGGCUUGUUUCUUACACAUGUGUGGCUUCCCUGACGAGUAUGAAAGUCGAGUCUCUGUGCUUGUCAAGUUAUGGGUGGCUGAAGGAUUUGCUCAUGAUCAAAGAGCCGCGGAAGAAUAUGUCACUGAGAUCGUGAGAAGAAAUCUGGCUUCCACCACAGCCAUCAAGUCCAAUGGUGAAAUCAAAAGUUGCAUUGUCCAUGAUUUGGUACGUGACUUGUACAAAAUAAAGGCGAUAGAUGAGAAUUAUGAGCGACGGUUCAGUAUUUCUCAUCUUGAUAUAAGGGAGAUUGCAAGAGCCUACGCCUCAACCCUGCGUACCAUUAUAAGUUUCCAGCCCACUGAAAGCUCAUUAAGCGGUCUGCGCAAGUUCAAAUUGCUGAGGGUGUUGGAUGUGGUGGAUACAGACGCCUACUCGCUCCCUGCUUCAGUGUUCGAGCUGUUUCACUUGAGGUACCUUGCUUUCGGAUGUCCAAUGGAGGUUCCAUCAGCCAUAUCUAGACUUGAGAAUCUUCGAUCUUUGAUCAUCCGUCCCAGCAGAAAAAGAUCAAGGAAAUACAUAUACAACUCAAUGGAUGAGGCAUAUCUGCCGUUAGAGAUAUGGAUGAUGCCACUUCUGACGCAUCUCGUCUCCCUUAUUGAUCCUGUGCCAAAUCCAGAGGGUGCGGUUUCUACUCUGAUGGAGCUUCACACACUAUGUGUGGUGAAGAAGCUGAUAUGCACUAAAAAGAUGAUGAAAUUGAUUUGGAAUGUGAAAAAGCUGGCAGUCACUUAUUUUGGAGACAAAUAUCAGGAAGACUAUCAGCUUCAGAAUCUUGUUUUUCUGUCUCAACUUGAGAAGCUGACACUAGUUGUGACAAAUGGAUCUCUUCUUCAGCAAAAAGCUAAGCCUGUUUUCCCGGAGAGACUGAAAAAGUUAACCUUGAGUGGUUGGCGAUUUCCUUGGAAAGAUAUGAAAGCUAUUGCAGCUCUGCCCGAACUUGAAGUGCUCAAACUGAGAGACCAUGCCUUUGAAGGCGAUACAUGGGACACUAGUGAGUACAGUGAUGAAGUAGGACAGUUUCGUCAUCUGGAAUAUUUGAUGAUUGAGGAAUCUGAUAUCAAAAACUGGGUUAUUAAAAAAGAUCACUUCCAAUUACUGGAGCGAGUAGUGCUCAAAGGUUGUGGUAAGCUGAAUCAGAUUCCAAAAAAAUUUGGAUACGAAGGCCGACCUAGUAUAAUUGAGGUUGAUCGUGCUAACCUAAUGCUUCUCAAGUGUGUCCGAGAGAUCAAGCAGAAACGUAGGGAAAACUGCUAUACCAGUAACAUUGAAGUUCGAGAAUUAUAAGGAUUAUUAGCAAUAACUGAGAUGAGUUGGCUUUGACAAUAUUUCAGAUCCCAAAUCAAAGUUUUCAUAAAGACAAGGUUGCAAGGGUCCGAACCUACACUUCUGGAAAAACCAUCUUUGUGGAGAAUAUUAUUAGUAGAACACAAUAUGUAUUUAUUGAUUGUUGGGCCACAUCUUAUUUUAAAGUGGGGAUAAUUUUAAGAACAAAAUGGAUAUGUUUGUGUCUCUUGUUUAUUUUAAACUGUUGGAGCCUUUUUAAUUAAAGAAGGACUUGUUUU